AUGACGCAACCCACCAUUAUCGUUCUUAUUCUCUUUUCUCUACUUAUCACCAAUGCUAAAUCGAGGGGCAAAAAUGUAACUCCCGAGCAACACGUAAGCAAACGCCUACUUCUUGGUUUAGCCAAUAUUACACAGGCACCUAUGACUAUUAGCAGCUUUGAGAAAGGUGGAGAUGGUGGCGCGCCGUCAGCAUGUGAUGGGAAGUACCACUCAAAUAGUGAAUAUAUUGUUGCAUUAUCAACGAAAUGGUACAAUCACGGGCAAAGGUGCUUUGAUUAUAUUGAUAUUUAUUAUCACGAUAAAAGUGCAAAAGCUAUGGUGAUUGAUGAGUGUGGCUCUAAGGAUUGUCCUGAUAAUAUUGUGGUCGCAUCUAAAGCCAUUUGGGUAUUCCUUCAGGUUCCUCAUAGCGAAUGGGGGGAAACCGUAAUUACUUGGUCUGUACCAAUAUGA